GAGCCAAAAUCACUCACACGACACAACAGGACUUGUGAACUCCAAAGUGCCACUGUCCCCUCUUGGACCCCUGACCAAGCCGACUCUCUCUCUCUCUCUCUCUCUCUCUCUCUCUCCUGGCAAUGUGGUGCAGUCGUAUGGCACUGCGUCGGCUCCAGCGGGUCGCUGCCGCUCCACUGACCGGGGGUCUCACAAGCGGCGCGCUGAGAAAGAUGUCAACCCUGCAACGGGUGUAUGUCACCCGACAGAUCCCACCCGAGGGCCUGAGGGUCCUCCGUGAAUCUGGACGGGUCAAGCUUGAACUGUGGGACUCGGACGACGUCCCGGUGCCCCGGGAGGAGCUCCUGCAGCGGGUCAAAGGCAUCGACGGUCUGGUUUGUGUUCUGACGGAGAAGAUCGAUGCAGAGCUGCUGGAUGCUGCAGGUCCAAACCUGAAGGUCGUCAGCACCAUGUCGGUGGGAUUCGACCAUCUCUCUUUGGAGGAGCUGAAGAAGAGAGGGAUCCGCGUGGGUUACACGCCGGACGUCCUGACCGAUUCGGUGGCUGAGCUGACUGUGGCUCUGCUGCUCACCACCUCCAGGAGGCUGAUAGAGGCCACGCACGAAGCCAAGACCGGCGGCUGGGGCACGUGGAGAACUCUGUGGCUGUGUGGGCACGAGCUGGCCAACAGCACCAUGGGGAUCCUGGGCCUGGGGAGGAUCGGUGUGGCGAUUGCUGAGCGCCUGGUUCCUUUCAAAGUGAAGAAGUUCAUCUACGCGGACGUGGCUCCCCGGCCGGAGCUGGCAGGCCUCAUCGAUGCCGAGUACGUCUCCUUCGACCAGCUGGCGGAGCGCUCGGACUUCCUGGCGGUGUGCUGCGCCUUGACGCCGGAAACCAAGGAGAUCUGCAACAAGAACCUCUUCUCCAAGAUGAAGGACACCUCCAUCUUUAUCAACACGAGCAGGGGUGGCGUGGUGAACCAGGAGGACCUGUACGAGGCUCUUCUCACCGGCCAGAUAGCGGGAGCCGGGUUGGAUGUGACUGUUCCUGAGCCCCUGCCCACGGACCACCCGCUCUUCACCCUGAAAAACUGCGUGAUUCUCCCACAUAUCGCCAGUGCCUCCUACACCACCCGGAACGCCAUGUCGGCCCUGGCGGCAAACAACCUCCUGCUGGGCCUAAAGGGCGAGCCGAUGGUCAAAGAGCUCAAGAUGUGAAGCAG